AUGAAGUGGUGGGCUGUGGUCGUGUGUACACUUAUUAGCAAAGUGACGGGAAGUAAUGUGGUCCCACCGUGGUGGACUAGCGUGGUUUAUUACAGAGUGGUCGUGGACUCCUUCAAGGAUGGGGACGGAGAUGGGUUGGGGGACCUAAAAGGAGUGAUAAAACAGAUAAGUUAUAUCCGAGCGCUUGGAGCUGACGCCGUGAUACUAUCGCCCUUGGCUAGCAGAAGUACGGACUGUUCAAAACCAGGGAUUCUGCAAUUUGAAGAGAUAGACCCGCGGUAUGGGAACGUGGAUGACUUUAGUAAGCUUGUGGAAAAGGCCAAGAAAUUAGAGUUGAAACUCCUGGUUUCCCUAUCCUUGCAAACGGUUAGUUCAAACUCUGAGUGGUUCCAAUCUGAUGCUGACCGCGUCCCUGGGUACGAAGACCGUAUAGUGUGGAAAGAUGGAACAGCUAAUAGUGUACCACCUACAGAAGAUGGAAUAGACACAUGGACAUACCACGAAGGUAGAAGCGCGUUUUGGGGAAGUUCCAACAAGGAAGCGGUAUUAAACCUCUGUUCUGAUAAUGUGGCAGCUGCUUUAUCAAACGCUCAAUGCAUUUGGAUAAAACGAGGUGUGUCAGGAGUCCUACUUAGCCCUGACUUCUUGAAAGAUAAGCAGUGUGGUGCAAAAAUGGUAAAAAACCUGGUUGCCAAUGCUAUGAGCUGCUCCAGGGGUGCUGGAUUGGAUAUGCCGGUAAUCCUAGUAGAAUCGUCCUUGAAACCUGAGGAGGUGGCUAUGUACUACGGUGAUGGAGGCGUGGGAGUCAACAGCUUAAUAAGCAAUGCCCUCACUUUCUCUUCAAGAUCUACUCCUGAAAUGAUUCUGAGUAUAUAUGCUUCUGUGUUGACGGCUCCACAGGAUUGCAUCCCGACAUGGAUUACAAGCUCAACCAAUGAAAGUCGCACAGCCACGAGGUUCGGUAGCGAAAUGGUGGACGCCAUCAACCUUCUAGCCCUCAUACUACCUGGAUCAGCAGUUAUCCAACAAGGAGAUGAGCUGGGAGGAGCAGAUACGCUCCUGGAAUGGACUACGAGCACCACUUGUUGGCCAACCAGCCCUGCUCCAUCUAAAUCUCCAUUUCCUUGGGACGAUUCUAAUAACGGAGGUUUCACGAAUGGAGAGCCCUGGCUGCCUUUGGCUCCGAAUCAUAGAUAUGCUAACGCGAAGGCUGAAUUUGCUAAUGACUUCAGUCAUGUUGGUGUGGUGAGGGUCGCAGCUGCUUUGAGGAAAUCUCCAGCGUUUGGACCACAUGUCGAGAUAAAACGUCUAAAUGGGGCCGUCGCCGUCCUCAGAUGGGGUUCAUCUGGAUCUUUGCUAUUAAUAGCCAAUGUAGCCAUGGAACCUACAGAAGUCCAGCUGUCGAGAAUCCCAGGAAUACCAGCAGAGAUGACUGUCGCUACCAGCUCUGCAGGCUCCAGCUUCUCCGUUGCAUCUCAUCUUGUGAUGGAGAAGACCUUGAGAUUGUCUCCAGGGGAAACUGUGCUGUUAGCUGGUGGCCCGAGACAUUGCGGAGGUCCAGGACCGGUGGAUAAAAUAGCUAGUAAACUUUCAGACGGUUGGCAGAAGAUCAACAAGUAUUUUGGUAAUAAAUGA